CAUAAUCAAAAUUAAACUACUUCUCGGUUUUUGAAAACACGAAAAUUAAAUUUUUUAUCUAUACAACUGUUUUUGUAUGAUAAUCCACAAUUCCACAGAAAAUGGAGAAAAUGUAUCAAUUCCAGAGAAGGCAGGUUCAAAGAUUUCGCCCUAAGUAACGGUGGAAUUGCCCAAAUAUAAAUAUAAUAUAGGACAUCUAGUAAAAUGAUGACUGUCUUAUCUACGCCAGUGAAAUCGAAUAACCUAGAACUCGGUCGUUAAACCUCUCAAAACGCCACAAGACAUAUUUACGUGUUAUAUAAUUCAACACUAGAAAAUGUUAAUACUUUAAAUUGUUCAUAAUAUUAAUCGUGUUUUAAAUAAUUUGAAUACCACAUACCUAUACACUGUGAACACUAUUGUAACGCUAAAUGUAUCGGCUGCACCCACUUUUAGAAAUUUUAACUGGAUUUUCUUUACUUUUGACAAGCACCGCCAUCGUCUAUUACAAAUGGAAGUACACUUACUGGAAGAAAAAAAAUCUACCUUACUUGCAACCGACUAUUCCUUUUGGGAACUUACAAAGCCUUGUAACAACUACUGAUAGUUUGGGAAUGGUACUCAAACGUCUUUAUGAGGAAUUAAAACGCAAGAAUCAUCCACAUGGAGGCGUAUACUUUUUUGCGAGACACAUAUACAUGGUGGUUAAUGUAGAAAACAUUGACAGAAUGUUAUCAAAAGAUUUUCACCAUUUCGUAGAUCGUGGACUUUACUAUAACGAAAAAGAUGAUCCAAUCAGUGCUCAUCUUUUUUGCAUUGGUGGGAAAAAGUGGAGGAAUUUGAGAGUGCAGUUGAGUGAGACAUUCACGUCUGGAAAAAUCAAAGCUAUGUUUGAUGUGUUUACCCACUGUGAAAAAAACCUGCAAGAAAUUUUUGAAAUAUUACAUCAAAAAAAGCAACCAAUUGAUAUCAAAGACGUUCUGUCUUGUUUCACUACUGACGUUAUUGGACGCUGCGCUUUCGGUAUGAACUGUGACACGCUGAAAGAUAAAGAUUAUCCUCUCAGAACAUACGUGAAGAAAUUUUUUACCUAUUCAAUUGGCCGCUUGCUAGUGGCUUUAUUUACUAUGAACUUUCCAAAUGCCGCUAGAAAUUUAAAUAUUAAAGCGGUACCCAAAGAUAUAUCAAACUUUUUUGAUAAACUGUUUAGAAAUAUUGUACACGACAGAGAGACAAACAAUUACGUUAAGGAUGAUUAUAUACAAAUAUUGAUAAACAUGAAAAAUAGCAAACUAGCCAGAGAUGAAGGAUAUAACCAUGAUGGUAAAACUGUAACUAUUGAAGAACUCACUGCUCAAAGUUUUCUUUUAUUUGUGGCUGGUGUUGAAAAUGCUUCUAUUGCACCAACUUGGGCGCUGUAUGAACUUGCAAAAAAUCAGGAGAUUCAACAGAAAGUCAGAAACGAAAUCAAUAUCGUAAUGGAUAAACACGAUGGAAAAAUAACUUAUGAUACCAUUCAGGAAAUGACAUAUAUGAAUCAAGUAUUAUAUGAGACUUUACGAAAAUAUCCACCAAUUCCUUUUCUGAACAGGCAAUGCGUCAAAGAUUAUAAAAUCCCUGAACAUAGUGUAAUCAUCGAAAGGGGUACAAGAGUUGUCAUACCAGUACUGGGGAUACAUUAUGACGAAGAGUAUUAUCCCGAUCCCGAUAAAUUUGAUCCUGAGCGUUUCGAUGAAAAGAAACUGACAGCGAGACAUCGCUGCUGCUUUAUUCCGUUUGGAUUUGGACCUAGAAUGUGUCUUGGUCUACGAUUUGCGAUGAUGCAAGCCAAGGUUGUACUUACCAGUUUGCUAAAAAAUUACAAUUUUACGCUGAAUGAGAAAACUAAAGAACCGCUCAAAUUUUCAAAAAACAGUGUUAGUGUACAAGCAGAAGGUGGUAUUUGGUUAGAUGUAAAAAAAUAUUAGCAUAAAAUAGAUGCUUAUUAUUUACUGUUACUUUCGAUGAAUUAAGAUGAUGUUGUAUUUUUUUUACAAAUUUACCAUUACCAAUCAAGUUGUUUUAAGUCCCGAAUCAUGUCGAUGAAGUAUCACUUUUUUGGACUGACUUGUCACUUUUUUGUACUCAGAUGUCGAAAACUGACUUUUGCGUUCUUGGUCUUGCGUUUGUAUCCAACAUUUACCUAACCUUCUUUCUGUUUGCAAUUAUAAAAAUCAGUAAAUCUGUGGUGUUCUGAAUUAGUCGCCAAACUUUAAAUAAAAUUUUUAUUUCCUGAAA